AAAGGGGCCAGAAAGGGGCAGGCUGAGGCUGGGGGAGGGGCUCCAGGGAGCCCAGCUGGGAGGGCCCAGGCAGGCAGUGCGGAGCUGGCUGUGGGCUGCCUACCCUUUCAUCUCUGCAACUCCCUCCUCCCUGGGCCUCCCUUCUGGUGUGUUUGUGGGUCUGUCUAGGUGGGCUUGGGAAGGGGGAAGGAAGGGGCGUCUCUUUAGGCAGCUCAGACUGGACAAGCCUUUGAAAAUGGUCUUUUGAACAAAUGCCUGCUGGUGGUUGGUCAGACAGAUGAGCCAGCGGGAGCCCCGGGGCCCCAAGGGGACAGCUAUCUCUGGAGGACCGGUGCGAUGGGCGGGAAGGGAGGAGGGGACACGAGAGGCCCUGUCCUCCUCCCGUGCCAGCUUGCUCAGGCCCUCAGUCCCUGACGGGCUUUUCCCAGAGAGCUAAAAGAGAAGGGCCAGAGAAUGUCGUCCCAGCCAGCAGGGAACCAGACCUCCCCCGGGGCCACAGAGGACUACUCCUACGGCAGCUGGUACAUCGAUGAGCCCCAGGGGGGUGAGGAGCUCCAGCCAGAGGGGGAAGUGCCCUCCUGCCACACCAGCGUACCACCUGGCCUGUACCACGCCUGCCUGGCCUCGCUGUCAAUCCUUGUGCUGCUGCUCCUGGCCGUGCUGGUGAGGCGCCGCCAGCUCUGGCCUGACUGUGUGCGUGGCAGGCCCGGCCUGCCCAGCCCUGUGGAUUUCUUGGCUGGGGACAGGCCCCAGGCAGUGCCUGCUGCUGUCUUCAUGGUCCUCUUCAGCUCCCUGUGUUUGCUGCUCCCCGAUGAGGACCCAUUGCCCUUCCUGGCUCUUGCCUCAGCACCCAGCCAAGAUGGGAAAACUGAGGCUCCAAGAGGGUCCUGGAAGAUACUGGGACUGUUCUAUUACGCUGCCCUCUACUACCCUCUGGCUGCCUGUGCCACGGCUGGCCACACAGCUGCACACCUGCUCGGCAGCACGCUGUCCUGGGCCCACCUUGGAGUCCAGGUCUGGCAGAGGGCAGAGUGUCCCCAGGUGCCCAAGAUCUACAAGUACUACUCCCUGCUGGCCUCCCUGCCUCUCCUGCUGGGCCUUGGAUUCCUGAGCCUUUGGUACCCUGUGCAGCUGGUGAGAAGCUUCAGCCGUAGGACAGGAGCAGGCUCUAAGGGGCUGCAGAGCAGCUACUCUGAGGAAUAUCUGAGGAACCUCCUUUGCAGGAAGAAGCUGGGAAGCAGCUCCCACACCUCCAAGCAUGGCCUCCUGUCCUGGGCCCGGGUCUGCUUGAGACACUGCAUCUACACUCCACAGCCAGGAUUCCGUCUCCCGCUGAAGAUGGUGCUUUCAGCUACACUGACAGGGACGGCCAUUUACCAGGUGGCCCUGCUGCUGCUGGUGGGCGUGGUACCCACCAUCCAGAAGGUGAGGGCAGGGGUCACCACGGAUGUCUCCUACCUGCUGGCCGGCUUUGGGAUCGUGCUCUCCGAGGACAAGCAGGAGGUAGUGGAGCUGGUGAAGCACCAUCUGUGGGCUCUGGAAGUGUGCUACAUCUCGGCCUUGGUCUUGUCCUGCUUACUCACCUUCCUGGUCCUGAUGCGCUCACUGGUGACACACAGGACCAACCUUCGAGCUCUGCACCGAGGAGCUGCCCUGGACUUGAGUCCCUUGCGUCGGAGUCCCCAUCCCUCCCGCCAAGCCAUAUUCUGUUGGAUGAGCUUCAGUGCCUACCAGACAGCCUUUAUCUGCCUUGGGCUCCUGGUGCAGCAGAUCAUCUUCUUCCUGGGAACCACGGCCCUGGCCUUCCUGGUGCUCAUGCCUGUGCUCCACGGCAGGAACCUCCUGCUCUUCCAUUCCCUGGAGUCCUCGUGGCCCUUCUGGCUGACUUUGGCCCUGGCUGUGACCCUGCAGAACAUGGCAGCCCAUUGGGUCUUUCUGGAGACUCAUGAUGGACACCCACAGCUGACCAACCGGCGAGCGCUCUAUGCAGCCACCUUUCUUCUCUUCCCCCUCAAUGUGCUGGUGGGUGCCAUGGUGGCCACCUGGAGGGUGCUCCUCUCUGCCCUCUACAACGCCAUCCACCUCGGCCAGAUGGACCUCAGCCUGCUGCCACCGAGAGCUGCCACUCUCGACCCCGGCUACUACACGUACCGAAACUUCUUGAAGAUUGAAGUCAGCCAGUCGCAUCCAGCCAUGACAGCCUUCUGCUCCGUGCUCCUGCAAGCGCGGAGCCUCCUACCCAGGACCAUGGCAGCCCCCCAGAACAGCCUCAGACCAGGGGAGGAAGAUGAAGGGAUGCAGCUGCUACAGACAAAGGACUCCAUGGCCAAGGGAGCAAGGCCCAGGGCCAGCCGCGGCAGGGCUCGCUGGGGUCUGGCCUACACGCUGCUGCACAACCCAACCCUGCAGGUCUUCCGCAAGACGGCCCUGUUGGGUGCCAAUGGUGCCCAGCCCUGAGGGCAGGGAAGGUCAACCCACCUGCCCAUCUGUGCUGAGGCACGUUCCUGCCUACCAUCCUCCUCCCUCCCCAGCUCUCCUCCCAGCAUCACCCCCGUCAUGCAGCCAGCAGGUCCUCUUGAUCACUGUGGUUGGGUGGAGGUCUGUCUGCACUGGGAGCCUCAGGAGGGCUCUGCUCCGCCCACUUGGCCAUGGGAGAGCCAGCAGGGGUUUUGAAGAAAGAAACUGGUGGGUUAGGGCCUUGGUCCAGGAGCCAGUCGAGCCAGGGCGGCCACAUCCAGGCCUCUCCCUACCCUGAGUCUGCCACCAGCCUCGAAGGGCCUCGAUGAAGCCUUCUCUGGAACUACUCCAGCCCAGCUCCACCUCAGCCUUGGCCUUCACGCUGUGGAAGCAGCCAAGGCACUUCCUCACCCCCUCAGCGCCACGGACCUCUCUGGGGAGUGGCUGGAAGGCUCCCGGGCCUCUGGCCUGCAGGGCAGCCCAAGUCAUGACUCAGACCAGGUCCCACACCGAGCUGCCCACACUUGAGAGCCAGAUAUUUUUGUAGUUUUUAUGCCUUUGGCUAUUAUGAAAGAGGUUAGUGUGUUCCCUGCAAUAAACUUGUUCCUGAGAAA